CUUCUUACCUGGGAACCCCUGUCCCUGUCUUCUCCCUCUCCCAAAUCCACUCUGAAUCCAUGACUCGCGGACAAAGUGCUCUCAUCAAUUGCAAAGCCAACGUCCUGCGUGUCACCUUGUCAAAGUCCCUUUACAGUCAAUUUGUACCUGUUGGGUGAACUUUGAUCACUUUGUCACUGAUUUCAACGUGCCCGCAGUCCUGUAUUGGUUGCGCAGGCAGGCUGGCAACCAACCAGCGCUUCACACGAUUCAAUCAAUCGUCUUCAACAACAAACGCAAACGACUGCACCGUCCUCAUCAAUUCAUGUCCAAUCUUCACUCAACGGCUUCCUUCAGUCAUAUCCUCUUUACUGCCGUUUGCACGCGCAUUCUGUCCUCCGCCACACAACCCACCGAUCUCUUCCUCUCCCAUCUAAACCUAAACCUAUCCCUCCUCGCCGCGAACCAUCCUAAUAUUCACAAUGUCGAUUACUCGCGUCGGUGACAGUGUUAUGGUCCCGGGGGACAUGCACGGCGUCGUCAAGUUUAUUGGCCCUGUUGCUGGAAAAAAAGGUACCUUUGCUGGUGUUCAAUUGUCCAAUGAAUACGCCGCUCGUGGCAAAAAUUCCGGUGAUGUUGAGGGCAAAUAUUACUUCAGGACCACCAUUCCAGGCUCAGGAAUCUUUUUGCCUUUAGAGAAAGCAGUCAAGAAACCCGGCAGUUCAGGCAGUAGCAGCGGCCUGGGAAUCAGAGCCAGCCCUGUUCCCGGCACACCUACGCGCUUGAGCAGUUUCAAUCAAGGAGGACGCACCCCGGGCAUUGCGAAACCCAGUUUCAGUCAAUCUAUCGGUCCUGGAGUCAGGGCUGGCGCUGCCAGUCCCGCCCUCAAACCUCCUACCAGGAGAGAGUCACUGCCACGCCCGACCAGUCCACUCCGCAAAGCCAACACUCCCACACCUAAGGCGUUGAUCACGCCAAAGACCCGUGGAAGCGGCAUUGGCAUGGCCAAAAGUACCAAUGGCGCCCUGGGACAAUAUACUAGACCAACCUCAAGGCCAACGAACGGCUUCAGCCAGAGUCUGCGCCAGAAUAGUGCCGCGCCAGCGUAUUCCAACGGAAGUCCCUCACUAGGUCCCGAGUCGAGUUUUGACGAAAUGCCCGAGAACGAAGCAGAUUCUACCCCGACCCCGACACCCAACGUCUCGAGAAGUGGUGAUGGAGAUGACCUACAUUAUCAAGGAAGGAUUAAAUUACUGACUGAUGAACUCAACGAUGCUAAACGCCAGCUGCGCGAACAAAAUGCAAACUUUACCGAGAUGGAACGAAGUUUUAAUGAGUUACAGAAACUCCUACCAGACCUGGAAAAGACUGCCAACGGGCGCAGACGUAAUCGUGGCGACGACGAAGACGACGAGGAUCUGCCCAGAGAUGUGGUCACAUUGCGUGACCUGCUCCGAGAGAAAAACGAUAAAAUCAAAAUGCUCACCUCAGAAUUCGACAACAAUCGUGCCGACUUCCGAUCCACAAUCGACACGCUCGAGAUGGCAAGCUCGGAAACGGAACGAGUCUACGAGAAACGUGUCGACGAAUUGCUCGAGGAAGUUCGCAAUUUACAGGACAGGAGUGAGGAUGUCGAGACCGUGGCUCAACAGCUUAAGCAGCUUGAAGAACUGGUCCAAGAGUUGGAAGAAGGUCUAGAGGAUGCCAGGCGUGGAGAGGCCGAGGCAAGAGGAGAAGUGGAAUUCCUCAGGGGUGAAGUUGAGCGAUCCAGGUCCGAACUGCGACGAGAAAAGGAAAGGAUCAAAACCGAGGAGCAGCUGAAUGGCUAUUCCAACAACUCUGCCAACCACAACUCUGGGAUUCAAGAAUUAGAAUCCCAGUUGAACGCCAAAGAUGAUGAGAUUCGGGGUCUCAAAGCCAUCAUCCAGAAUCUCAACGAUUCUCACAAUACCUCACCCAAACUCAACGGCAAUUCCACACGGAAUAAAGAUGCUCAUGUAGAGUCAUCAUCCGACGACACAAGAUUCGACAUGCAGCAACAGAUUCGCGACCUCGAAGCUCUCCUACAGCAGAAAUCUUUACAUGAAGAAGAGCUUGCUAAUGAAGUCAAGCAACUCCGAAACAGUGUCACACUCUCUCGCUUUCCACUGCCAGGAAAUGCCUUUGGCAUGCGAACUGCAGCAAUGUCACCCCCUGGCGGUCAUUCACGAGACAACAGCCAAGAUCUGGCACAGAAACAUCUCUCUGCCGGUUCUCAACGGACUGUAGUGCUGGGCAGCCCCAAGGGUAAAAACAUGCCACAAAGGCAAGGAAGCCAACGUGAGGAAACAUGGCAUGAUGCCGCACAGUCCCAUGGCGCCAGCCCCGUCAAAGGUCCUGCAUCUCGCCAUCUUGAUUACAAUGCCAUCAUCCCCGGCAAUCACCGCAAUGCAUCUCAUACUGAUGGCUCCGAUGAUGGUGUUACAGAUGGAUCCGUUUCAAGUGCAACUCUCUGGUGUGAGAUAUGCGAGGAAAGUGGCCACGAUAUCUUGACCUGUUCAAACAUGUUCGGGACGGGAAAAGCCAGUGAUUCCAACCACCAGUCUGCAUCAGGAAGCGGCAGUCUAGGACGAAAAGGAGGCCGUGAGGUCUUGAGAGACGUCAAAACGUUGUCGACAGAUCAUGUUCGAGACAGUGACAACGGAGACCAUAUGUCCCUUGACAGAGAUCGGCCCGCACCCCUCGUCAGUCGUCGAAGCAACACAUCACUUCCCAGCGCGUCUCCAAGUGAAGCACCGAAUGCCUCAUUACCGCCGCCUCCGCCUGGUCUAUCCAAAUCAACAUCCAAUGACGAGCCACCCACCGCGAACGGAGCUGCGAACGCCACCUCAGCAGCCUCCUCAGCUCCCAUCGAAGGCACAGGGGAUCAGGCGGGCAUGCUGGCAGGUAAAUCUUCUGGUGUCAUUGACCCGGAUAAAUGGUGUGCCCUAUGUGAACGUGAUGGUCAUGAUAGCGUGGACUGUCCUUUGGAAGAUGCUUUCUGAGUGUGAUCAUUUGGUCGAUCGACAGACAAGACAUGACAUGAUAUGACAAGAAGGGAGGGAAUUGUGUGACUGCCAACUGCAUGCCACAUAGUGGAUGACAGACCAUUGGGCUUUGCACAUCGAUUCCCAGUGGAUUCGGACUGUCUUUGAACAGCAGUCUCUGACCGACAUAGAGAAGUACGAAGGACGUACAUACAGUACCUACUAUCUUCGAAUCCUUCCAGGCUUUCAGCACCAUCACCGACCACAGAAGCAGAAGUAGAAGCACAAUCACCACCGUCACAGCCCAAAGCUCGAAACCCGAAACCCGAAACCCGAAACUCGAAACUCUUGUCAACCAGAAACAGACAAGUGUUCAACUCUUCCUCCGGCAGGAACUUGCUUUGUUUACAUAUAGUUGGGACCCUCCACUCCCAACCAUUGAACAAUCUAUUAUUUAUCAUCUCCCUCAACCUUUCUUCUUUUCCCCUCUUGGAAAUAUGCCAUGCCAUGCCGAACGAACGAGUUUCUAUUUUCCUUUCAACCCAUACAACCCAUAUCAAAUGGAAUACAAUGAACAUGGAAAAUGAAAAAAUCGGAUGAAUGGGAUAGAGAAAGAUGGAUAUGGAUCGGAGUCGAGUCAUGAGGAUCCGACCUGGAAUGGACCGAUGGAUGGAAUGAUUGACCGAUUGACAAAAUGACAGACUUUGCGUCUUGUCUUGUCUUGUCUUACAUGCUCACUCACCUCAUUACACUACACUACUGAUGUGUCGACUGGACCUAUUUUUUGGUUCUUGAUGGACGUGAGAAAAGGGUUAGUUGAUUAAUGGAUAAUAAUCUAAUUAAUUGACUGGAUGGGAUGGGAUGGACUGGAGUGGAAAUGGUAUCUGUGACCUUGAUCAUGACCAUGACAUUGCCAGAUCUACUCUUGAUGGGUAGUAGUAUAGCAAAGUGGUUUGGUUUGGGGUUGCUUAAGGGGCGGAGGCUCUCUCUCU